AUGUGGCUUACAUCGCUUCUGUUAUUGAAAUGCACAGCGGUGUUCGCAUGGACAACAAAUGAACUUUUUAUCUACGAUUUGAUGGAGGAAGUGGGCGAAAGUUUUUACGAUUUCUAUGGAAUUCCGAAAGAUGCAGAAAUUUCAAAUAUCAAAAAAGCGUAUCGCCGAUUGAGUAUGGAAUGGCAUCCGGAUCGCAAUUCAGAUGAAAAAGCAGAAGAGCAAUUCAGAAAGAUCGCUGCUGUUUACGAAGUUUUGAAAUCGAACGAUUUAAGGGAGGAGUACGACCGUAUUUUAGAAAACGGUCUUCCAAAUUGGAGACAACCUGUUUUUUACUACCGGCGUGCUCGAAAGUUAUCCUGGUUUGAAGGAGUGGUCGUACUUGCAAUAAUUUGUUCGAUUGGUCACUAUUUUAUGUUGUGGGGUGCUUACAUUGAUAAGUACUUGACAUUGUCUUCAAGUCGUAGCAAAUUGCGUAAGAAAGAAAUUCGACAACUGAGAAAAAUUGGAAGUGAUGCUGAGACUAUAUAUGAGGCAGAAAUUGCUCAAAUGCUUUCCGAUGUCUGUCCGUCCUGGCGAAAUUCCUUACCGGCAUUGAUUGUGUCACUUCUCUAUAAUAUUGCCGUUUCAUUACCAAGUUUUGUCUGUGACUACAUUAAUAUGUGUCAGCCCAAAAUGGAAAAGUCUGAAAAAGAUAACGUCGAUGAGGUUUCUCCACGUCGUUAUGUUGCAACACGGCAACCUGUUUAUGAGUACGCUGUAGCUUCAGAUGUAAAACCGGUUCUUUCUUGCGCUUUUAGUGGAGAUUCUGCCGAAAAAUCUAUUUCACAAAAUGAUAAUGUUAUACAGAGCAGUGCAUGGACUAGUGAGGAAUUGGCAUUGCUUAUCAGGCUGAGUACAGAAAAGUAUCCUGCUGGCACACCCAAUAGAUGGGAAUUAUUGGCGAGAAUGCUGGAUCGGUCACCGCAAGACAUAACUUUUAUGGUCGGUAAAUUAAAAGGAAUGAAGAGGGAUGAGUAUGCAAACUUGUUACGUAGCUCGCAGUCAAGUACUGUCGUGCAGAAGGCUGCACAAAUAACAUUGCUGAAGCAAUCAAACCAACUUUCUGAUGAAAAAUCAGAUAAUUGGAAUAUUUCAAGCGAAGAUAGCGACACUGAAAAAGGGAAGAUCUCAGUGACAUGGUCGAACUAUGAUCAAAGGUUGUUUGAAACAGCGCUUCAAGAGUUCCCUAAAGGCACUGCCGAUCGAUGGGAUAAAAUUGCUAACUGUGUAUCGAGUAAAACUAAGCAGCAGUGUAUCGAGCGAUUCAGAUAUUUGUCGGAAUUGGUUCGACAAAGGAAAUUACUUCAGAAAAACAAGAAGUUAGCUUUUCAUAAUUUUCAAAGAACUUUCGAAAUUUCAGAUUGCAAAUUUUAA